GUGCUGGCAAAACCCCCACCCUGGGUGGCGGCUUCCAUGUGAACUUGGGCAAGGAGUCAAGAGCACAGACCCUGCAGAAUGGGCGGCGCCACAUCCACCACCUGGGGAACCAGCUGCAGCUGAACCAGCACUGCCUGGACACUGCCUUCAACUUCUUCAAGAUGGCCGUGAGCAAGCACCUGACCCGUGGUCGGAAGAUGGCCCACGUCAUCGCCGCCUGCCUCUACCUGGUCUGCCGCACCGAGGGCACACCGCGUAUCCUUUGGCCUGCGCUGUCUGCUGCCCUCAGACCCAUCCUCCUAAAGAAGCCUCUUCCGGUGCCUCCCAGCCCCUCUACUGUCUGUCUGCUGUCCGAGCCUGCCAUGCAGCUCAGAGCAGCCACUCCUGCGGGGAGUGUGGACCUCCUAGUGAGUGAGAGGGACAAGGAGGAUGCUGGCCCAAGGGAAAUUGCAGUGCUAUUCCUUGUGCUGCUG